AUGACUGAAGAUUUUUAUUUAAGUUCUCAACAAGCUGUUAUUACAUGGUACAAUUUUAAUGAAUGUGGUCGAGAUCUAAAACCAUGUCAGGCAGGCUUUUUUCUACCAAGAGAUGGAAGUCAAUCUUUGGCCUGUUGUCCUGGUUAUUUUUGCCCAGAAGGACAAGUCUGUAUGAUUCCUUGUCGAGAAGGUUCCUAUUGUCCGUCACCAUUACAAGCAAUAGAUGGAACCUGUAGAACUACAGUUGAAUGUCCAGAAAAUGAGCCAAAACAUUUUGGUCAGUACGGAUGUGGCGGAUCAGCAUUCGAAGGUUUCUGUCCAGCUGAAUCUUACUGUCAAAAUUCGAGCUCAAGCAUUCCAUGUCCGAAUGAUACAAACUAUUGUCCGACUGGUGUCCAGAAGCCAUUACCUUGUCCAUCCGGUUUUGUCUGUAUAAAUGGAAUAGCCCGACGACAACGUCUCAUAACAAUUGUUGUUGUUCUUGUCCUUCUUAUCAUAGUUCUCUAUACAUGUAUGGCCAUUAUUUCUCAAUGGCUCAUAUUACAAAAGAAAGUUUUUGGUGAACUUAAAUUAGUCGAUCCUCCUGGUAUAAGUGACUAUUUUAUAAAAAGUGAUAAAUCAAAUCGUUCGAUGCCACAAUUUCAACUUAAUAUUCAUCUUUAUGGUGCAAAAUUACGUAAUGUUACUCGUUUUGAUUCGAAACGAAAUCAAGGAUUUACAGGUCAAAUUACUGCUGGCCGAUUAACAGCCUUAAUGGGCGGUUCUGGAUGUGGUAAGAGUAGCCUUCUAGAAACAAUUCAUGGUCGACGAAGAUUACGUAGAAAUGGCUCUAUUACAUUUGCUGAACACGAACCAUUAUCAAAUCAAUUAACCGAUUAUAUUGGUUAUGUACCUCAAGCAGAUAUCAUGCAUAACGAUCUAACUGUAUUCGAAGCUGUUUAUUAUUCUGCAAGAACACGACGCCUUGCCGAAUCGAAAACAACUAUCAUCAAUGAUGUUUGUUUCGUUCUUGACAGAUUGGGUUUAGAUCGUAUGCACAACAGUAUGACAAGAACUUUAUCAGGAGGUCAAAGAAAACGAGUGAAUGUGGCAAUGGAAAUAGCUGCUUGUCCAAAAGUACUUCUUCUUGAUGAGCCAACAUCAGGUUUAGAUACAGUAUCAUGUGAUGAUUUAUUUGAUUUAUUACAAUUAAUUAAAUACAGUUUAGCUGGACCAGUUACUAUUAUAACGGUUAUUCAUCAACCAAGUCAAGAAUUAUUCGAAAAAAUUGAUGAUAUCUUCUUUUUAACACCAUUAUGUUGUUUAGCUUAUCAAGGUUCACGCGCACGAGCAAAAAGAUAUUUGAGAAAAAAACUUUUUUCUUCAGAUCCACACCAAUGCCCACAACCAAGACACAACGAUUGUGAUACUUGCUUUAUUAUGCUAACAAGAGUUCAACAUCACAUAGAUAAUCAUAGAGUAGAUAAUAACAGAACUAUUCAACCACUGGAAACAUAUUCAUGGUACAAACGAGUCUGGUUACCAUUCUUUUCUGUAAUAUCACGUUCCAUACGACAGAUGUAUGUACGUGGUGCUAUGGCCGAAGCUGCCUAUUUAAUUUCUUAUUUUUUACUCGGUGCAUGUCUUGGUUAUCUUUUCGAAAAUAAACAACAAGGUACAUGUGAUAUUCAAGUAUUGCCGACUGUGCCAAGGGACAUACUAUUCAGACAAGAGAAGACAAAUUGAGAUCGCACUAAGCGAUGGACAUCCUUUUAUAUGGCAGAACAUACUCCUUUGACAAGAUGAGAUAUUCCAAUGCGUAACAAGCGAUGAACGUUCUUUUCUAUGACAUGCGGUCAAGGAGCAUAUUAAGUAGAUAUAAUAGGCUAAUCGAGUUGGCAACACUCAAGCAAUGCCCUUCGAUAUGGCACAGAUCAGAAGUACAUCAUUAUAAUAUCAUUGAGCUUACGUAAAAUGAUGGACGUCCCUCAAAGUGACAUCCCGUAAUAUCUCUUGAGAUAAACGUAAUCCUUCUGUAUCCUUCUAUCAAACUAAUCUCCUUGUUCCUUCUCUCUCUUCCAUUUCCUCUGAUCUCUCUUCCAUUUCCUCUCCUUUCUCUUCCUUCCAUUUCCUCUCCUUUCUCCUUCUUCCCUUUUCUCUCUUUUUCCUCUCGCUUGGUUGGGGAGAAGAUAGAUCAGUUCAGUUGGAGAGGAAAUGGAAGGAAGAGAAAGGAGA